AUGCCAGACGAACUCACCAAACCGCUCACGCUCGCGCCCAGUACCCAGCCGGUGGUGUUCAAUCCGUCGGCAAUCAAGCCGGCAGCGCUUGCCACGACACCGAUACCGCCACGGACACCGACCGACGGCGAUUACAAGGCGUCGCACCUGUUCAACGACCGGCUCCCAACACCGACCAAGGAGAUCGACCUUCUCAAGUCGCCGCCGAAGCGCCAUCUGUCGCUCCGCUUCGAGCCGAGUGGGCGUGAGUUUGAGCGGCUUCCGGCCUUUGAAGAAGUGUCGCCAGAAGACAAGGUGGCGCUCUUCCUCCAGAAGCUCGAGCAGUGCAGCAUCAUGUUCGACUUUAGCGACAUGAGCUACGACGCGGCGGGAAAGGAGUUGAAGAAGAACACGUUGCAGGAGUUGUUUGAGUUUAUCGCGACAAACCGGUUCACGUACCCCGAGGAGAUCUACGCGGCAGUGGUGGCAAUGUUCAAGACGAAUUUGUUCCGGCCAAUUCCGCCACCGGUGAACCCAGUUGGCGACAUCUACGACCCAGACGAGGAUGAACCGGUGUACGAGCUCGCGUGGCCACACAUGCAGUUGGUGUACGAAUUGUUUCUCAAGUUUUUUGAGUCGCCAGACUUUAAUCACACGGUGGCGAAAAAGUACAUCGACCACGACUUCAUCCUUCGCCUCUUGGAGUUGUUUGACAGCGAGGACCCGCGCGAGCGCGAGUGUCUCAAGACGACGUUACACCGCGUGUAUGGCAAGUUCCUCCUGCUUCGGUCGUUUAUCCGUAAGUCCAUCAACAACGUGUUUCUUCAGUUCGUCUACGAGACCGACCGCUUUAAUGGGAUCUCGGAGUUGUUGGAGAUUUUAGGCCUGAUUAUUAACGGCUUUGCGCUCCCGCUCAAGGAGGAGCACAAGAUCUUCCUUAUCCGAGUGCUCAUCCCGAUGCACAAGGUCAAGGCGUUGUCGCUCUACCAUCCGCAGUUGGCGUACUGCAUCGUGCAGUUUCUCGAGAAGGACCCGCAGUUGACGGAGGAGGUCAUAAUGGGCCUUCUUCGUUACUGGCCGAAGAUAAACUCCACCAAGGAGGUCAUGUUCCUCAACGAGUUGGAGGACAUCUUCGAGGUCAUGGAGCCGUCCGAGUUUGUUCGCGUUGAAGAGCCUUUGUUCGUGCAAUUGGCGCGCUGCAUGCGGUCGCCGCAUUUCCAGGUCAGCGAGAAGGUCUUGUGCUACUGGAACAACGAGUACUUUCUCAGUCUUGUCACGGAGAAUACCCGCGAGCUCCUUCCAAUCUUGUUCCCGUCCUUGUAUAAGCUCACGGUCCCGGGCGAGCCUCUUGACCGCGACGCCUCACUCGGGGCGUUGGAGCAGCAACAGCUCUUUGAUAACUAUCAGGACGAGUACUUCAUGGAGUCUGCCGGUAGCGGUUGGAACCGGACCAUUCACUCGCUCGCCUAUCAGGCCUUAAAGAUCUUCAUGGACACUAACCCCGCUGUCUACGACGACUGCUUAGCCACCUAUCAGCACUCCCUCGAGGCCAACAAGGCCCACGAACAGGAGAAGAUUCAGUCAUGGAAGAAGUUGGAGGCCUAUGUCACGCAGUUGAACGCGUAA